AUGAAAAACCAUCCGCUUCUGCAAAAUGCACCCAGAGUCCGCGAUUGCUUCGUUGCUCUAUUCUUCGACUCAUUACUGCUUCCAGAUCCAUUGUCGCAGUGUUCUAAUGUGAUACACACGCCUCAUGCGUCAUGGUUUUCUGACAGUUCAUGUAAAGAAUUGAGGGUCAAUGCUGCUAAAGAGGUACGACGAGCAAUUUUGAAUCGGUUUCCCAAUGACUUGCUCAAUUGUGUUAACAAAGAACAGUUGCUUACGAGUGGUGGUGGUGCUCGAAGGGCCCUGGUUGCUGCCGCUGCAGCUGCAGCUAGUCAACCUGGACCUAGCAGCUACAAUCCACUUGUGGGAAUGCAGAACUUCGGCUUCAACGGUUUGCCGCAAAUGAGUCAGAUGGGCGCAUUCUCGUACGGGAACCCGUUGUUGGCCAUGGGUGGUAUGAAUCUGAAUCCGUUGCUGAUGACGCCAAACUCGGCUGCUUUGGCUCAGUUUGCAAAUCCUGCAGCAGCACUUUCAACGCUUGCCGCUCAGACUUCACAGGGACCUGUGGUAAACGUCGGAUCUCCGGCUCUUAACGCAACUCCGAGCCCUAAUGCAACCUCGGGAAAGUUGGCAAGUCCGCAAAAUGGAGGAAUUACACCACCGUCUCCGUCCAAUGCCGAAGUUCCUGCGUCUCUAUCUGCAAACUUGCCCGGCGCAACGGGUGCGUCCGGAGAAGAGAUCCGUUUGAAGACUGAAAAGGAGGAAUCAUCCGAGGUGAACGGCCAAGGAGAGAACGAGCUGAAUGGUACUAAGGAGUAG